AUGUAUACAAUAAUACUACUAUUCACUUUUGUGAUAACUGCCCAAAAUUCAAAUGGGGCAAGAAUUCUUGGAGUGUUCCCCACGUCAUCUUUAAGUCAUCAAGUAGUGUUUCGACCUUUGACUCAAGAAUUGGCAAGAAUUGGCCACGAAGUCACCGUCAUCACAACCGACCCUGCAUUUAAUGACCACAAUCGCCCAGCAAAUUUUACUGAAAAAGAUGUCCACGAUGUUUCAUACAAUCUGUGGAUACAAAAAAUGAAAGACAAACGUAUGGAAUUUGGUGAUAAAGCUGGCGUAUUUAAAACAGCAGAAGGAAUGUCAAGUUUUUUUGCUAAAGUCAUAGAAGAACAAUUAAAGACUGAUGGAGUACAAAAACUCAUUAAUGAUAAAAGUAAAAUAUACGAUUUAAUAAUUAUGGAAGCUUGUGCCAGACCAGCUAUUCUGUUCUCGCAUUUAUACAAAGCCCCGGUUAUCGCAAUAAGUUCUUUCGGAAUGGCUUUUGGAGGUGAAGAUCUGGUUGGGGCACCUUCUCAUCCUAUUCUGUAUCCAAACAUGUUGCAUCAAAGAUUACACAAUUUGACGUUUUGGGAGAAAUUAAAUGAAUUCUACAAGCAUUAUUGGAUCGUUAACAUGUGGAAAUCGAGUGAAUAUAAGGAUUUAAAUAUAUUCAAAAAAUACUUUGGUGGCGAUGAUGUACCCUCAUAUAAAGAAUUAAAUAAAAAUGUGGAUAUGAUGUUCUUAAAUAUUCACCCAAUAUGGAGUCAUAAUCAACCACUUCCGCCAAAUGUUAUUUCAAUUUGGGGAAUUUAUAAGAAGCCUCAGAAAUCUCUACCUCAAGAUCUCAAAGAAUACUUAGAUUCUUCGAAGAAUGGCGUGAUAUAUAUUAGUUUUGGAUCAAAUAUUCGCUCAUCGUUGCUGCCACCGGAGAAAAUAAAGAUUUUGAUUAACGUAUUUUCUAAACUGCCCUAUAAUAUACUAUGGAAAUGGGAGACGGAUGUUCUUCCCGGGAAAUCGAAGAACAUUAAAAUAGCGAAAUGGUUACUACAAUCAGAUCUACUACGCCAUCCAAAUAUUAAGUUAUUUAUAACACAAGGAGGUCUUCAGUCGAUGGAUGAAGCUGUGAAUGCUGGAAUACCACUCAUAGGGAUUCCAAUGUUUGGAGACCAGUGGUAUAAUGUUGAGUCAUUUGAGUAUCAUAAAAUUGGACUCGGAGUUGAGUUAAAUACAAUCACAGAAGAACAAUUAACGACAGCUAUUGGAACAGUUAUUAAUGAUAAGAGCUACAAAGAAAACAUUAUAAGACUUAAUAGGCUUAUGAAUGAUCAAUCCGAGAGUGCAUUAGAACGCGCGGUUUGGUGGACAGAGUACGUGUUGAGACAUGGUGGAGCGAAACACCUUCGAGCAGCUGGAGCUAAUAUUUCCUAUUUUGAAUACUAUGAGAUAGAAUUUUUAAUUAAAUUAGUUUCAUUGGUGUUUUUAAUUGCUGCGAUUAUUUUGUAUUUAAUAUAUAGACUAUAUAGAAUCAUUGUACCAAGUAACUUACGGUUAAACAAAUCGAAAACAUCAUAG